AUGUGGCAGUCUGAACAACAAAUAUUGGAAGACGAUGUGUCAUCCAUGUCUUCUUCGCCUAGUAUUCCCGACGAAAAUAUUAAUUUUGAUCUAGUAUACGCGCUACAUACAUUUGUUGCUACAGUGGAAGGCCAAGCAUCUGUGGUAAAAGGAGAUGCAUUGAUUUUAAUGGAAGAUACAAACAUUUAUUGGUGGUUAGUGGAAGUCAUCAAGACGCAUGAAGUGGGUUACAUUCCCGCCGAGAAUAUAGAGACACCUUAUGAGCGAUUAGCAAGGUUAAAUAAGCAUCGAAAUAUUGAAAUUACUUCACCUUCAGCACAUGAUACACAUAGUGCCUUGAUAUCACAACAUCCUCUUGCUCCUCCACGUCAAGUCUGUAUUGAAGACGAGUCCAUGUAUACUGUGUUUCAUUAUGAGGUAGAGUCUGAAGUUGAUCAAGAUGAGCCACUUAUUGAAGAAGAUGAUGAUGAUGACAUUGAAGAAGAAGAACAAGAGGAAGAUCACCAGAUCACACAAAGACAGAGCAGUGAGUACAGUGAAAUGAUGAUGGAAGAUGCGAGUCAAGAAUGGCAUGAAAAACGAUGGAGUGAGGAAAGAGGUCCAUCAGAACAAAAUCUGAUCCAGCAUGAAACACCUAUAGGAGCAAACGAAUCACAAGAGGAACCAAAAAUGGAAUUGCGAGUGUUUGCAGGCAAUAUUGGUCAAGGCCCGUUGUUUCAUGCAUUUUCAAUUUCGCAGUCUACAACAGCAGAUGAAUUACUCAAGACAGCAACGACUAAAUUUGAAUUGUUAGCACCUCAUGCCAACAAUGAUACGACUAUUGAAUAUUAUCUGGCUGUUCAAGGCAUGGAUGGCGAUGAAUAUAUUCUUUCUGUCCAAGACAAACCAUUCUCUAUCUUCAAGACUUUGACAGAUUCUCUUACAACGCCUAUGCCUUCGCUUUCUUACAUUCGUCGUAUAUCUCAACAAUCUAUUUCUUCUAUUACAGCACCUUCACGUCGACCUCGGUCAAGUAGCUUUAGCAACUACGAACAAACUUCAUAUGAUGAAGACUCGGUGAUUCGGUUCUAUUUACACCGUCGUAUCAAGCGCGCACAUGAACGAGAGGGCCUUUUAUACAUCAAAGUGUCACUUUAUCCUGAACAUCAACAGAAAAAGAAAAGAAUGGAAAUUGACCGUAUGGACAAAAUCAUUCCAGUCAGACAAGAAUCCCAUAUUGGCGAUGUCAUUAACUUUGCAUUGGAAAAAUUUCAUGUGCCUGAUACACAAGCAUUUGGUUAUUUCGGCGGUAACAAGAACGGCUUUGAACAACGCGACCUAGUUGGCUACAAAAUGUAUGUACGGGGUAAUCAACAAGAAAUCGAACUAGACCCAAAUCAAUUAAUGUCGAUAGUUUUAUUACAGCAACAAAAGGCGUCGACUAGCUCUGGGCCUAUUACAAGUGAUUUGUUGUUUGUAUUACGCAGAGCAGGUCAUAAACCAUUAUUAGAAAAGUCUCGCCCAGAACAACAACAGCAGCAGCAACAAUGUUUAGACAAAGAGCAUCCUUCACCUCGGCUAUCAGACAGAAGACCUAGUAUACUCGAUAUUUUGAUGGACAAUACCCCUAGAAUUGGGGAGCGCCGUCCGAGUGUCAUGAGUAGUCUACUUCUUGUUGAACAACAGCCCCCACCACGUUUAACGGAGCAAGAGAAUAAUAACAGGAGACCUUCUGGUUCUACAAUUAAUAAUCAUCUGCAGCAACAAAACACAUCUUUUUCUUUUUCGUCUUCAAAACAAGUAGGUCGUCGUUCUUCGCAACCCACUAUUUUUUCUGAAGACAGCUUUAUGGAAUACGAUACUAGUACAAUGAAGCAAGAAGUCAAAAAGAAAGAAAGUUUUAGACAGCAAUUAAAACGAUUUGUAGGUUGGGGCUCUUCUGUAACUAAUAAAAAACAACAACAACAACAACAACAGCAGCAGCAGCAGCAGCAGACUCCUCCUCCAUUAACCAUUGAGUCUUCUGAUAUUAGCUUUGUUUCAGCGCCUUCCACGCCGUUACCACCUACACCGAGUACGUUGCCCAAGUCUCGUCAAGGUAGUCAAUGUGCAGAGACAACUAUUUUAUCUCGAAGGCCUAGUGAAACUUCCUCUCAGGAUCCUUCUGUGGCUGCAUUAGCUGCUGCUGCUAUGGCAAGCGUAACCAAUAAACGGUUAUCAACUGUGUCUUCUGUAUCUUCUGUAUCUUCUGUCUCCCCCUCGGUCACUUCUGAAGAAAUUGUUGCUGCUACAAGUGAGGCAUUUGUUAAAGCUGAUCAUGAUUCCGAAACUGAAGACAAUGUUCAAGAAGAAAACGAAGAAAAAGAGUCUAGUACUAUACAAACAAGCAACGCACCCGAAGUAGCCAAUGAAGAUGUUCAGACACAGUAUGCUAUGUGGAUGAAUACAGCCAGUAACAACAUUAUUGAGCAACAGGAAGAAGAGCCCAAGUUACGUACUAAAUCAUCCGAUGUCUCUACAGUCAGUAAGCCAACUUUGAGUAACAAAGAAUCCAUUAUCUCCAAUGCUACUAGCACCAUGGUACCUGCGGCUAGUACAAAUGCACCUAGUACACCAACACCAACACCGUACACUGCUACCACAGCACCUCCAUCGAUCUUAUCAGACAAGGCAAUAGAAGAACAACCCAAAAUCCAUAGUAUGUCAUCUAAUGACCUUGAUGAUUUGUUCUUGCUGGUUGCCCAUGGGGUAGACUUCUUGACGUCCAAGGAAAAUUCAAAAUGGGAAGAAGAAGGAGGGUACGACUUCCAUCCUUGGAAUAGACCUGAAUCUUCAUUUGCUGCUGUACGUCAACAAGAAAAGAAGCGCAAAGAGAAUCUGAAAAAUGCAAAUGAUAUGACAAGCGAAGGCGAGGCUAUGGCUAUGGCUAUGGCCAAGACUCUUUUGCUAAACCCUACGGUGUCUGAAGAACAAUUGCAAAAGCAACAAGUACAGGAACAAGAACAACAAGUAUCUCCUCCUUCGCCAGUAUUGUCUGUUGAUACUGAAGAACAAAAGGAGCCUUCUACCAAUAUGGCCAAGAGUAUUCUAGGAGCAAAAAGUGAAAUACAACCUAAUAAUAUACCCCAACAACAGUCUGUAGACGAUGAGGAAUUGCAACGUAUUGUAGCUGCUCAUAUAGUGUUUUAA